AUUUCAUUUCAUACUGUCCGGCUUUGCAGAUUUGCAUUCUUCAACUACUUGUUAAAGAGGUGAGAGCUUUUCGGUUCGAGUAUGGCUGCCGCCGGGAGGCUUAUGCACGCGGUGCAGUACGACAGCUACGGCGGAGGAGCCGCAGCUUUGAAGCAUGUUGAAGUUGCUGUACCUACUCCCAAGAAAGGUGAGCUCUUGGUGAAGAUGGAAGCAGUAAGCAUAAAUCCAAUUGAUUGGAAAAUUCAAACAGGUGCCAUUCGACCCAUCUUUCCCCGCAAAUUUCCUCAUAUUCCAGCUAGUGAUGUAGCGGGAGAAGUAGUGGAGGUUGGUUCUGGUGUUCAAAAUUUCAAAGUCGGUGACAAAGUUGUUGCUACAAUCAGCACUCGUGAUGGAGGUGGAUUAGCGGAGUAUGCUGUGACAAAGGAGAGCUUGACAGCUGCGAGGCCACCCGAAGUAUCAGCAGCUGAUGCUGCAGCCCUUCCCAUUGCUGGUCUUACAGCUCACGAGGCACUAACCCGAAUUGCGGGGGUCAAGCUCGACGGGAGCGGUCCUAGGAAGAACAUCCUUGUGACUGCUGCCUCCGGUGGCGUGGGCCACUACGCUGUCCAGCUGGCAAAGCUGGGGAACACACACGUCACAGCCACGUGUGGGGCACGCAACAUCGAGUUCGUGAAGAGCUUAGGCGCAGACGAGGUCCUCGACUACAAGACCCCCGAGGGCACAGCUCUUCACAGCUCAUCGGGCCAGAAAUACGACGCUGUCAUCCACUGCACCUCGGGAAUUCCCUGGUCUACCUUCGAGCCCAAUCUCAGCGACAACGGCAAGGUAAUCGAUUUCACUCCCACCCCCGCCGCCCUCUUAACGUUCGCCCUCAAGAAGCUCACCUUCUCAAAGAAGCAGCUGGUGCCAAUGAUUUUAUCUGCCAAAGCUGAGAACCUGGACUAUCUGGUUAAACUAGUGAAAGAGGGGAAGCUUAAAAGUGUUAUAGACUCAAAACACCCUCUGAGCAAGGCAGAAGAUGCUUGGACUAGGAGCAUUGAGGGGCAUGCCACGGGGAAGAUAAUUGUGGAGCCAUAAAACAAUAUGUAUAAUGUUGUAUGUUUUAAAAUGGAUGUGUGGUGUGUUAAUGUCCUCAAGAACCAUGUAUUUGGAACCAUUACAAGGUUGUGCUAAUGUAUCAUGUAUGAUGUAACUAGGAAUAUGCUAUAGUUGUUCAUAUCA